AUGGGACAGGAGGAGCAAAGCUCAGUGGGAGUGGGAGAAGAAGAAGAAGAAACAAGAGAAGUGGUAGAGAAGGAGGAGGUAGAGACAUGGAACCAAAGGAAGCAAACCCUUAUACUUGAAAUCUCCUCAAAGCUCGUCCAUGGUGAUCUGGAGGCCAAGAUUGAAGCCGCCAGAGAUAUCAGAAACUUGGUCAGAAAGUCUUCUUCUUCGUCAUCGUCUUUGUCUUCAAAGACCCGCUCAAAGUUGGGCGCGGCUGGUGUGAUAUCACCUUUGGUGUUGAUGCUGUGCUCUCCUAACCCAGAUGCACGCCAAGUCUCUCUCCUCGCUCUCCUCAACCUCGCUGUCCGCAAUGAACGAAACAAGGUCAAAAUUGUGACAGCUGGAGCCGUCCCUCCUCUUGUUGAGCUCCUCAAGUUCCAAAAUGGUAGUUUAAGGGAUUUAGCCACUGCAGCAAUCUUAACACUCUCAGCUGCUGCACUGAACAAGCCAAUUAUUGCAGAUUCUGGAGCUGCACCUCUCCUGGUUGAGAUCCUCAGCUCUGGAAGUGUUCAAGGAAAAGUUGAUGCUGUGACUGCCCUACACAACCUCUCUACCUGUCAAGAGAACUCAACUGAUAUUCUGGAUGCUACAGCCGUUCCCCCUCUUAUCAACCUUCUCAAAGAAUGCAAAAAGUAUUCCAAGUUUGCCGAAAAAACUAGUGCCCUUCUUGAAAUCCUAUCCAACUCUGAAGAAGGGCGUAUUGCAAUCUCAAACUCAGAUGGUGGGAUAUUAACCUUAGUAGAAACUGUUGAAGAUGGAUCUCUUAUGAGCACAGAACACGCGGUUGGAGCUUUGCUUUCUAUGUGUCAGAGCUGCCGAGAUAAAUACCGGGAACUCAUUCUUAACGAAGGUGCAGUCCCAGGCCUGCUUCGAUUGACUGUAGAUGGCACAGCUGAAGCUCGGGAGAGAGCUCGUACACUGCUAGAUUUGCUUAGAGAUUCUCCCCAGCAAAAGCAAUUGGCGUCCUCAGUUUUGGAGAGAAUUGUAUAUGACAUUGCCACAAGGGUUGAUGGAGCUGAUAAAGCUGCUGAAACUGCAAAGAGGUUACUGCAAGACAUGGUUAAAAGAAGCAUGGAGCAUAGCAUGAGCCGCAUCCAGCAGAGAGCUGCAUCUUGUACACCUUCCAAUACGCAGUCUACAUAA